AUGGUUCUGGUGCUGGCGGCACUGUCAGGGGCGGCGUGCCAGAGCCGCUAUGGCAAGUUCCUGCGGCAGCACGUGGACUACCCCCCGACAUCCACGUUACCACCGCACCGCUACUGCGAGAUCAUGCUGGUGCGCCGGCAGGUGACGGUUCAGGGGCAGCCCUGCAAGAACUUCAACAGCUUUGUGCAUGCACCGGCCGCGCAGCUGGUGGCUGCCUGCAGCCAGACGCCUGACGCAGCGGGGUUCUACAGCACCCCAAACACCAUGAACAUCACAGCCUGCCGCCUGCGGACGAGAAACAGCUGGCCCCCUUGUAACUACAGGGCCCAGCAGCUCCAGCACCACGUGCGUGUUGCCUGCAUUAACGGGCUGCCCGUGCACCUCCAGAACACCUAUCCGUGA